AACAAACAUCACGAUGGUGAGAGCGAGAGCAAAAGCUACGGAGAAGACCCACUUUUGGACGGACGAAGAGACGAGAUUUAUGCUUCUUCAGCUGAAGGAAUUAAACAUUUUAAAGUACAUGGACGGUCGAAGAACUCGAAAUGGGCACCUUUUUAAAAAAGUGGCCGAGAAAAUGCAAGACGCGGGGUGUAAGAGGACAGCGGAGCAGGUCCGCGUACGGUGGAAACAUCUGAAGCAGAACUACAGCAACUCUAAAAAACAAAAUCAGACAGGUGGACUCAACCGUGUCCAGUGUCCGUUUUCAGACUUGCUGGAGGAGCUGCUAGGGGGGCGGACAUUGUUCCCUGCCGAAGAAAACGGCGAGGACAUUGGAUUCCCUCCUGUGGGAUUCAGCCCUUCCACCUCAGAGAGUGUACUGGGGGCUGAGGACCUCGACGACACAAUGGAGGUUAGCCAGCAGGCUGAGGACGACUCUGAGGUGGAAGGGAUAAGCACUCCUCAGCAUCCAAGGACCACCAGCACACCUACACCAGAUGCAGCUGGGACAACAACAAUAAACCCUGCAAGGAGGCGGCGCGGUGCACAGAAUAUGGACACACUUUUCCAGAGGCUGGAGGAGAUAAAUACCAGCUUGAGGCAGCAUUUGAGGGAGAGUGGGGAGAGGGAGGAACGACUGGUUCAACGAAUUAUUGACAGCAAUGCCAGUUUGGUCUCUGCGCUGCUGGAGGGCAUACAGAGCUUGCGCCCACCCACCCAUCCACACCCCACAAUGUCUCCACAUCCAGACUCCACAGUGCCUCCACAUUCAGACCCCAUAAUGCCUCCACAUCCAGACCCCACUAUGCUUCCACAGCCACUGAUAGAACACAUUAAAGAUGAAGAAUAAUAAUAAGAA